GCAAAGCAACACACAACUCAGGCCACAGAAUUCACGAAAGAGCCGUCGUUCAUUAACGUUUCCUCCUCUGUUUUCUUUUGCUUUACGAAGUCUCACGAAUUUCCGUCAUGUCAAGUCCAGAAGCAGGCGCUCCCAGUAGCGAACUUUCAUCAAAACAACAACAAGAAAUUGCAAAGUUUAUUGAAACUGAACAACAAAAGGCCAAGCUUCAACAAGCAAUUCACAACUUUACCUCUAUCUGUUGGCCAAAGUGUAUCACCAAGGUCAAUGACAAGCUUGGUAAAGACGAGGAACAAUGCUUAGCGAAUUGCGUUGAGCGUUAUCUUGACUGCAACUUUCAAAUAAUUAAAAGUUUGGAGGCUGCUAAAAAGUAAAUGGUAUCUAUACAAGUCCUUCAUGUAGAUAGUUGAAAUAUCAAUAACCAAGUUAUUGAUCGAAAAGUAAAUGGUUGAUUGUGUGUGUGUGUGUGUAUGUGCGUACCUAGUGACAACAGACAAUACAAAACACAAAAGUUAUCUAUCCGAGGG